AUAGAACUAUCCGAGGUGGAAGCCCAAGUGAAGGAGAAACGAAGAGGUCCAGACGUGUGCCUCAAUCGAAACAAUACAAGGUCACUUUAAGCUACGCUACAAAAAUCCCAAUUCAAGCCAUUGUUAAUGCGCUUCAAGGUCACGAUUCUGAGCAAUUUCAUGAAGCGGUUAGGGUUCUAGAUGUUCUUCUUCGCCAACACGCGGCGAAACAAGGUUGUCUUCUGGGGGUUUCAUUCAAGUUUUCGCGCCACCCAAUCUGGGCUGAGUUUGAACAUGGAUGUAUCGACAACAAUGAUUGUGAAGCCAGGGAAAGUUAUGGAUUUCCUAUUUGAAAACCAAAACGUUCGCAGCUUAAGGGAGAUCGAUUGGAUCAAGGCAAAAAGAAUGCUGAAGAACCUUCGCAUCAAGACCUUACCCUCGAAUCUGGAGUAUAAGAUCAUUGGAUUGAGUGAGAAAACAUGUAGAGAACAGAGGUUUUCAUUGAAACAAAAGAAUCAAAGAGAUGGGUAUAGCCCAAGUGAAGCCAUUGACAUAACAGUGUUUCAAUACUAUGCUGAGUAUCGACAAAUACACCUUGAAUACUCUGCUGAUUGCCCAUGUCUUGAUGUUGGAAAACCUAAGAGACCAGUUUAUAUCCCACUUGAGUUGUGUGAUUUGAUUUCCCUUCAACGAUACACCAAGGCUUUGUCUAAUCUACUAAGAGCUUCACUUGUUGAGAAGUCACGACAAAAGCCUCGUGAUCGAAUGCAAGCAUUGACUGGUGCACUGAAUCAAAGUAACUAUGGUGCUGAUCCUCUUAUUAAUGCCACUGGGAUUACAAUCAGUACCACUUUCACACAAGUCGAGGGUCGAGUUUUGGAACCUCCAAAGUUGAAAUUCGGGAGAGGAGGAGACAUGGUGCCACGUGGAGGUCGGUGGAACUUCAACAACAAGACACUUGUUGAGCCUUCAAGGAUAAGCUGUUGGGUUGUAGUCAACUUUUCUGCACGAUGUGACCUGAAUGCCCUCAAGAACAAUCUCCGUGUGUGUUCUCAAGCAAAAGGAAUCGAACUCGAUCCACCAUUUGGUGUGAUCGAAGAGAACCCUCAGUUUAAACGUAGCCCUGCCCCCGUUCGUGUUGACAAAAUGUUUGAAGCCAUAAGACAAAGACUCCCGGGCCCACCUUCAUUCAUUCUAUGCAUCCUCCCUGAACGAAAAAAUUCGGACAUCUACGGUCCAUGGAAACGAAAAUGUCUUGUGGACCAUGGGAUUGUCACACAGUGCAUCGCCCCGACUAAGAUCAACGACCAGUAUGUCACAAACAUGCUUCUCAAGAUUAAUGCAAAGAUGGGUGGAAUAAACUCUUUGUUGUCAGUUGAGUUGUCAAAUGCUAUCCCAUUGGUGUCCAGGAAUCCCACUAUAAUCUUUGGGAUGGAUGUCUCCCAUGGUUCACCGGGACGUGCGGAUGUUCCCUCAAUUGCUGCUGUUGUAAGCUCAAGGAAAUGGCCACAAAUUUCGCGAUACAGAGCAUCUGUUCGUGCACAAUCUGCAAGAGUUGAGAUGAUCGAUGGUUUGUUUAAGCCUAUUUCUCAUGAUAAAGAUGAAGGAAUGAUAAGGGAGCUGUUGGAUGACUUCUAUUUAAGCACUCCAAAGUUGAAACCGAAGAACAUAAUCAUAUUCAGAGAUGGUGUAAGCGAAUCGCAGUUCAUCACACGAAAUUCUUCCAAGCCAAUUCAGAAGCUAAUGUCCCACCAGGAACAGUCGUUGAUAAUAAAGUUUGUCAUCCUAAGAGCAACGACUUCUAUUUAUGUGCACAAAAUGGACCGAUUGGAACUACGCGACCUACGCAUUCACCAGGUGCUUCGUGAUGAGAUCGGGUUUUCUGCUGAUGAGUUGCAAGAGCUUGUUCAUUCGUUAUCCUAUGUGUACCAAAGGAGUACAACUGCUAUAUCUGUAGUUGCUCCGAUAUGCUAUGCUCACUUGGCGGCAGGACAGGUGGCACAGUUUGUGAAGUUUGAUGACAUGUCAGACACUGCGUCUAGUCAUAGUGGUGGUGGUGUGGGUGGUUCUUCUUUCACCCAGUUGCCAAAGCUUCAUGAUAAGGUUUCUAGUUCCAUGUUCUUCUGCUGAACAACAGUGGUGGUUAUGAUUGAUUUUUGAUAAUCAAAACAUGAAUUCUUAACAAUCUGGAUAUUUAUGUUUGUUGAUUGAUGAGAUUUUGAGAACAUAUUAACACAUGGAUGUUGAUUUUUACUUGGAUGCUUGCUAUAUAUCGAUU